AUGAAGUUUGCUGAACAUCUCAGUGCUCAUAUAACGCCUGAGUGGCGAAAACAAUAUAUCAAUUAUGAGGAGAUGAAAGCUAUGUUAUACACAGCUGUAGAAGAGGCACCUUCAGCUGAAAAUGUUGAACCAGAAGUACUUUCUAGGCAUUUUGCUAAUUUUGAUGAGACAUUCUUUCAUUAUUGUGAUCAGGAAUUGAAGAAAAUUAAUACAUUUUAUUCAGAAAAGUUAGCUGAGGCUACGAGGAAGUAUGCCACAUUACAAAGUGAACUUAAAUCAAGGUUUGAUACAAUCAAACCAAAAUCGGGAGGUGAUAGCAAAAGGGCAAUACCUAGAAGAAAGGUUCAGGAACUAAAGUUGGCCUUCAGUGAAUUCUACCUUAGUCUUAUAUUAUUACAGAAUUAUCAAAAUCUUAAUUAUACAGGUUUUAGAAAAAUAUUGAAGAAACAUGAUAAGUUAUUAAAUGUAAGCAAUGGUGCACAAUGGAGGGCCGAACACGUGGAGACAUCACAUUUCUACACAAACAAGGAUAUAGAUAGACUAAUAAGCGACACAGAGGCAACCGUCACCAAUGAUCUAGAAGGCGGUGAUCGUCAGAAAGCUAUGAAGAAGCUGAGAGUACCACCUCUAGGAGAACAACAGAGCCCUUGGACGACAUUCAAAGUCGGGCUGUUCUCUGGAUCAUUCAUUGUUCUGGGGAUAACUGUUGUUCUUUCUGGUAUUUUCUACGAGGGUGCGACAGAAAACUUCAAAACCGCCUUCCGAUUGUACCGCGGUCCGUUUCUUCUUGUUGAGUUUAUAUUUUUCAUCGGCGUCAAUGUAUACGGCUGGCGUUCAUCUGGUGUAAAUCACGUAUUGAUAUUCGAGUUGGACCCAAGAAAGCAUCUUUCGGAACAGCAUUUGAUGGAAUUAGCUGCUAUUUUUGGCGUUGUUUGGGCCUUGAGUAUACUAAGUUUCAUAUACAGUGAAAGUCUUAGUAUACCGCCCUACGUGAAUCCGUUGGCUCUCGUCAUUAUAAUGCUAGUGUUCCUCAUGAAUCCUUUGAGGGUGUUCCGACACGAAGCCAGAUUCUGGUUUUUGAAGAUAUGUGGUAGGAUACUAGCGGCACCGUUUCUGCCGGUUCUGUUCGCCGAUUUCUGGCUCGCCGAUCAAUGGAACUCAUUCACGUACGCCUUCCUAGAUUUCCACUACCUGAUAGCCUUUUAUAUAUCUGGCGCUGAUUGGUUUAAUGUUAACAAUUCUUUCGAAUCUACGAAGUGGUUUAUAAUAACUAGAGCGAUAGUUAACAUAAUACCCGCGUGGACUCGUUUUUGGCAAUGCCUUCGAAGAUACAGGGAUAGUAAGGAAGCCUUCCCCCAUUUGGUAAACGCUGGCAAAUAUUCGACUACCUUCUUCGUGGUGUUAUUCUCCACACUCCGGACUAUAUAUAGCGUGAAUUACACGAACACGUACGACAACCCGUUCCUAUACGCCUGGCUGGCCUGCCAGGCUGUGUCAUCUACGUACACGUAUACGUGGGACGUGAAAAUGGACUGGGGGCUACUGAGCGUGGGUCCAGCCGCUGAGAACAGCCUGCUGAGGGACGAAAUCGUGUAUAGUCCGUGGUUUUAUUACUUCGCGAUAGUAGAAGACUUCGUGCUUCGCUUCAUCUGGGCUCCGUCGUUCUUUUUGACUGAAAAUAAAAUUGUCAGCAGUGACACUAUGGUCUCUAUACUAGCGCCGCUAGAGGUGUUCAGGCGUUUCGUAUGGAAUUACUUCCGUUUGGAGAACGAACAUCUGAACAACUGCGGUAAAUUCAGAGCCGUUAGAGAUAUAUCAGUGGCGCCUCUAGACUCGUCGGACCAGGCGCUCAUAGUGAGAAUGAUGGACCUGCCUGACGGAGUACUAAACAGGCACGCCAAGAAGAAACAUCUCAAGAAGAUAAAAGACAACGACAGGAAGCCGCUUCUGAAGAAGGAGUCCAUACAAGACCUGCAGAUUGAAUUAGACUUGUCCUCCAAAAUGUUGUAA